GUACAUUGUUCAGUAAUGUGUAUCAACAUCAGUGGCAGAAGAAAUUCUCCAUCAAUUACUAUUAACUCUGGCGAUGUGGGAGUUCCAUUAGAUUUAGGUCUUCAUUUCUCUUCGAGCCCUAAUCUGGAUAACAACAUGCCGGAAGCACGAAAUAUUCAAAAUGCGGCAAGGGGAAUUCUGGCCCCGAAAUCUGCAGAUGACAGAAAAACACGCCGUAAUCUUAGACCUAGGAUUGAAAUAAGUUAUGCAGAGACUCCAGAUGAACGUAGAAUAAAUGGAUAUGUGAAUGGAAAUGCAGAUAGUGAUGAAGGUGAUAUGCCACCUCUGCCACCGAUUAAAGAACUAUCGUCAGAUGAAUUAGCUGAACGCGAAAGAACACUUAGAAAAUUCAGGGAGGAACUUAGAUCUGAGGAGAUGAAACUGGUGUUGUUAAAAAAAUUACGACAGUCACAACAACUGAAAGAAAACAUUGCUGCUGUACCAAAGGUACCCAGCAAAUUACCACCACCAGUUACAGUACAACCGGCUCCCCAUAGUCAUAGAACUGGAAAGGCACCUCCACCUUUACUUAGGGGACAGCCUGCUCCAAGCAGAAGUAGUAUACAUGUUCCUCCACCUGGAAUGUUAUUACCACCUACAUCUGCUCGAAGUUCUACUUCCAGUACUGGAAUACCGCCAAACAUGAUCAUACCACAACCACCACAUCCUAGAAGUAGGCCUCCUAGUGCAACGCCAAAUGUAUCAAAUUAUCAUGCACCAGCAGACCGAACUGAAAGGUCCACAAAAGAUCCAACCCCAACCCCGGCACAUCAAGUAAGUAAGCUGCUUGUUGGAUCUCAAGAAAAUAAAACCACCGCAUCCUUAAGCACACCUGUGAUUUCAGAACAGGAGAGACCAAGGGAUGAUAAUCAGACACCUGCGCAACGUCAAGCGGCCGCUAAAUUGGCUCUACGAAAGCAACUCGAGAAGACGUUGCUACAGAUACCACCACCGAAACCGCCGCCACCCGAAAUGCAUUUCGUACCCAAUCCUUCCAAUACGGAGUUCAUCUAUUUGGUGGGUCUAGAGCACGUAGUUGAUUUUAUUACUAAGGAGCCUGCUAUUCCACCACCUCCGGAACCAUUCGAGUGUACUCAAUGCAAAACAGACUUUACACCUGUGUGGAAAUGGGAGAAACCAAUCACUGGUGGUAAAAAGGAAAGUCCAAGAGGACAGCAUGCCACUUUCCAGAGACCUCCAGCAGGUCGUGAUCCUAGGGUGAUAUGUGAACAUUGUGUAACAACCAAUGUUAAAAAAGCUCUGAAAGCUGAGCACACUAAUCGGUUAAAGACAGCGUUCGUGAAAGCGUUGCAACAGGAACAAGAAAUAGAACAAAGGUUGGCACAGGCAGCGUGUCCAAGUCCAGAUCCUCCUGCUCCAAAACCAGUUCCUAAAGCAGCUACUCCCACAAGAAGAGUAGCAACACCACCGGCUCCUCCGCCACAAGUACCACCAGCACCCACGUUGGCACCAACUCCGCCAGCGCCAAAAUUGCAGGAGCAUCCUUUGGUCAAGUUGGCUGAAAGUGGGAAAUUCAGCCCGCAUCAUGCUGCUGCUGCAGCUGCUUUGCAGCAACAGUUGCUUAGAGAAUUGGCGAAGAAUCCUGUUCCAGGCUUGCCACCUCAUCAACCCCUUCCUGCUCAUAUGAUGCCACCGUUUACCUCGAUAUUAUAUCCUUACCAGCUUGCAAUGGCGCAGGCCAGCGGCAAGGGUCUUGCAGAACUGCAACGACAAGCGGCAGACCUGCAGCGCCAAUACUUGCUCGAUAUGAUUCCAUCGCAAGCGUCUCAAGCACAAGGCAAUCAGGCUCCACCACGGGCCCAUCCACACAAUUGGAAGACGUAACCAGACGCAUUUAAAGAUCAGACAGUAAUUGCAAAUAAAUGAAACUGCAGAGCUGUGUUAGAGAAUAUCGAGAAGUAAGGAUACUCGUAAUUCUUUUUCCACGAUAUCGUACUAAAAAGGAUCUAAUGGGAAUGUGACGGUCGCAUUUCCAUGCACUUAGGAUAAUAUACCGAUUGCAGGAUUGGUAUCUUUAUUACAAAGUGAAGCUCAAACCGGAUUAAUGGACGACAGAUACUUCUUAUAUUAUUGUGAACGAGAGGAUACUAUCGACCAUCAUUUGUGAAUAUUGCAUUGACGUGUGAGUGUGAGUUUAUUGUUACCCGGAAGGUUCGAGGUUUUUUUAAUUGUCGUAACAAGAGAGAGCGAGAGAGAGCGAGAGAGAGAGAAAAUGGAAAAAAAAAUACGGAGGAUCUUCAGUUAUUACGAUAAAGAAUAACCGCGACAAGCUAUUGUCCCGAGACGAGAAAAAAAAUCUCCGCAAUUUCGGAAAGGUCAGCUGAAAAGGAAAGGAGGAGGUUUACAAUUUUUAAGAAAGCAAUAUCCGUUUCUUUUCUUACUGCUUUGCGUCGGGUAUCAACGGGUACUUGCAAGGAAACGAGGGAACUAUAUAGUUGAAUAUGUCAAUCAAUCGGAUUCGAGUAAGUGCAUAAUAACUUGGACGCACACGAAUGAAUGUAAUUGCUUCAAUUAUUGCAUUAUAUAUAAAGAACCAAAUGGACAUUUGUAUGGCACUAAGGACAGUAGUAAGUGUUAACGUGAUUAAUACGAAUUGGUUGAUCUAAUGAUAGUAGUGAUAAUCGAGGAGCGGGGGGGAACGCGCGGAGCGAAGCAAACAAGAUUUCAAACAAAAGCAAAAGAAACGAAAAAGGGUGGAAUCUGUUUUUAGAGCCCUUAUUAAUUAAGCUGACCUUUGUCGGUGGUUCGAAUAAUUUUUUUUUUGCGACCAUCGGCGGUACCUGUACUCUGUGUAUAUCUCUUUAUUUUCUUCAAACUGUGAGUAUUUUUAAGGCGAUUAUAAAGUGUGAGAGCGAGUAAGAAAGGGGAAGAAUACAAGUGGGAGAGAAAGAGAGCGAGAGAGAGAGAGUGAGAGAGAGAGG